AUGCUCAAGUCCACUGCUGGAGGAGGUGGUAUGGGCUUGAAAGUUUGCUACAGGGAGGACGAAUUGAGCGACGCAUUUAAGGAAGUCGUCUCAAGAGGUGAAACUUUGUUCAAUAACUCUGGAGCCUUCCUUGAGAAGUACGUAGAAUGCGGUCGGCACAUCGAGGUUCAAGUCUUCGGCAACGGUCAGGGCUAUGUGCGUGCCUUUGGCGAACGUGAAUGCUCUAUCCAAAGAAGACAUCAAAAGGUCAUCGAAGAAGCGCCUAGCCCUUUUGUGGAAAAUGGCCGCACGCUGUUGAGGAAACAACUAGUAACGUGUGCCGCUCAUCUCGCCGCUUCUGUCAAGUAUAAAUCGGCAGGUACGGUGGAAUUUCUUGUCGACGAUGAGACUGGCAGCUUCUAUUUCUUGGAGAUGAACACUCGACUUCAGGUGGAACAUGGCAUAACAGAAUUGGUCUACGGUGUUGACUUGGUAAAGUUGAUGUUACUCCAAGCUGAUUAUGAAGCUAGAGGUGAGCCAGGCAUGCCCAAAAGUCUCCUUGAGAAGGAGGGAUCAUGUGAAAUUGACAGUGAUGGUGUUGCUAUACCUCGAGGACAUGCAAUCGAGUGCAGAGUGUAUGCUGAAAAUCCCGUCAAGAACUUUCAGCCUGCGCCGGGUGUCUUGCAUUUUGUUGAAUUUCCAGAUGAGAUCGGGAAGGAGUCUAAGUUGCGUGUUGAUCAUUGGAUAUCAACGGGAAGCAAGGUCUCGCCGUAUUUUGAUCCUCUAUUAGCAAAGGUUAUGGUAUGGGCACCUCUGAGAGAUAAAUCCCGGUUAUCGAUGGUUCGGGCCUUGUCGAAGAGCCACAUACACGGCCCUACUCAUAACAUCGACUACUUGACUGAAAUUUUGAACUCCAGCAACUUUUUGACGGGUACAACACUAACUACAUUCUUAACAUCUGACUUUCAAUAUCAACCUAAUUUGAUCGAGUUUGUGAAGCCUGGUUCUUACACAACUAUUCAAGAUUAUCCAGGAAGGGAAGACGUUGGCCAUGGAGUUCCAUUGUCUGGCCCCACCGAUCCAAUUUUUUUCCAGUUGGCUAAUAUUGUCGUAGGCAACGAUCGGCGCACCGAGGGACUUGAAAUCACUUUGAAAGGACCGACCAUCAGGGCCCAUGCGGCAUUGACAAUCUGUCUUGCUGGAGGAAAGUUCAAGUUCACCAUAAAUGGAGCGUCAGUGCCUAUGUUUACUGCAAUCUCUGUCCCAGCAGGCUCCGUCAUCUCGGUCGGCAAAGCUCAAGGAAGUUGUGCACGGGCUUACCUAGCCAUUAAGGGCGGUCUCCCAGAGGUUGCUCAAUACUUGGGGUCCAAGUCAUGUACCCCGACAUUAAAUUUGGGCGGACAUCAAGGUAGGCCCAUCAUGGACGGAGACUGUUUAUCUGUCGUUCGUCAAGUUGGCUUCAGUGACUCGGUGGAACUUGGCUUCGAACUUCCUCAAAAAUGUAAGCCUGACCUUGACACCGUCGAAGAUGACUUUAUUUGGACGAUUAGAACCACUGGAGGGCCCCACGACACAACCGAUAUCUGCAGCAAAGAAGGUCUAGAAAUGUUCUACAAUACAGUGUAUACUGUUAACUUGAAUUCUAACAGAGGCUGCAUUCGUUUAGAUGGACCAGCGAACGUUUUCUCGAGGAAGAAUGGUGGCGAUGGAGGAACUCACCCUAGUAACAUUUUAGAGUACCCAUACCCAAGCUGUGGCAUCAGUAUUGUCGGAAAUGUGGUGUCUUUGUUUGGUGUCGAUGGAUCAACACUUUCUGGCUUCGUUUGCAUAGCAGUACCCAUUAUGGCUGAUUGGUGGAAGGCUGGUCAAGCGAAGGUCAAAGGCAAAAUUAGAUUCAAACAAGUUUCUCAUAGUGAAUCAGUGGCUCUCAAGCAGCAGCAGGAGGCUUUUUUGGACGAGUUGGAAUACGCCAAAAAUAGCUCCGGUGAUUUACCUGUGUUUCGUGAGAGCCUUCCUACGGCAGAUGACACAACUACGAAGGACACUUUAUUGUUUCAUCGAACAUCUGGCGACAAAGGUGUGCCAUUUUUCAUCAGGCAGGCCGGUGAAAAAAUGCUCAUUUUAGAUUUUGGGGUUGAGCAUUUCACAUUGGUUAACAAUGGCCGUCAAAGAGUGCUCGAAAUGAAGCUCAAAGAGCAGCCUAAAGACUCUCUUUUGGCCAAAGGUUUGAUUAGAAUUGAGUGCUGCAGCGGUGCCAUGGCGGUCAUUUACGAGCCGACAAUCAUCUCACAAAGUUGUCUUGUUGAGAUCUUGAGCCACAUGGAAGGUGAUAUCCCACCAACAGACAGUUUGAAAAUUGAAAGCACCCUUUACCGUCUUCCAAUUUGUUUCGAUCAUUCGGCAAUUGCACAUUGCAUGGAACGGUACAUGCGUUCCCAAAGAUCUCAAGCGCCAUAUUUGCCAGACAAUACUGCGUACUUGAUGAAGGCUAACUGCAUCGACCUGCUAGAACAAUUUAAAGCCAAUGUUGUUGGCCAAACGCAAGUUGUGACAGCUGUCUCUUUCUUGUGUGCCAACACUUUGUCCGUGAAUUUGGAUCCUAGAACGAGGUUCAAAACCGGUAAAUUCAAUCCUGCUCGUACUUUCACUCCCAAAGGUGCUUUGGGAUCAGGGUCAGUUGGUUACUCAAUUUAUUCAAUUGACUCCCCCGGUGGAUAUCUUAUCUGGGGAAUGGGACUCCCAGACUUAUGUUGGAACACUUUUGGUAGACUCAAAGUCAGCCAUGGCAGACCAUGGUUUUUCAACAAUUUUGACCAGGUUGUAUAUUACGAGGUCGACGAGGAAGAAUUGACAAAGCUCAACCGUGACUUAUUGUUAGGGGAUUUGGACAUUCCAACAGAAAAAGUCUGUACUUGA